AUGAAGAUCAUGUUUUGGAAUAUUAGAGGCAUGAAGAAGAAGGCUACAAGAUUGGCCUUAGGAAAUUUGGUGAGGGUGCAUUCGCCGAAGAUAGUCUGUUUAGCUGAACCGAUGAUAGAGGUCCAAAACUUCCCAAAGAUAUUUUUUAAUAAGCUAGGCUUUGAUGCAGAUCUCAUUCAUAAUGAGAAAUCGGACAAGGUGCCAAACCUUUGGGUUGUUUGGAGAAGGGGCAUGACAAAGCCACAUGGAAUAGCAUUCUCAGACCAGCACAUUUCGAUGAGUGCUUGGCGGCAGAAUACUCACUUUGUUUUUUCUUUUGUUCAUGCCAACUGCUUCAGGGCUUCUAGAAGAGAGUUGUGGACUAAUUUAGCCGCUUCGAAUCCUAGUCAGGGUACGCCCUGGUUGGUGGCUGGUGAUUUUAAUGCAAAUUUUUUGGCACACGAGAAAAGAGGUCCUAGUACCUUCAAUAUGGGCUCUGCCGCUGAGUUUGGAGCAAUGAUUGAUGGGUGCUCUCUUAUUCAAAUCCCGUCGCAGGGACGCAAGUUUACCUGGACAAAUAAUAGAAGAAAAGGAAACGUUAUGGCGAAGCUGGAUAGAAGUCUAUGCACAGAUGAUUGGUUCUCUCAGUUUCAAGAUUGUCAUCAAAAGGUGAUCUCUAUGGGAGCGUCUGAUCACUUGGCACUGAUGGUAGUGUCUGAGGCUUCACUAAAGCCUUUAAACUAUCCAUUUUGGUUCCAACGAUCUUGGGCUGACCAUGAAAAUUUUAAAAAAAUUGUGAAAGAUUCAUGGGAUGAUUGGAUUAGUGGAUCGGCCCUCUAUGUGUUUAGUCAGAAAAUUAAAAGACUAAAAGUUGCGAUGAAGGAGUGGGCUAGAGAAACUUUUCCCAACGUGAACCUUGAAAAGGAGGAGGCGCUAAAGGGCCUUGAGGAUAUCCAACAGGAAAUAGAGGAGAAUGGGAUGAAUGAUCAGGCCUUUGCUCGCGAGGUUGAUGCGAAAACCAGAUACCUCAAGGCGCUGGAGGUAUACGAAAAAUUUUGGGCUGAAAAAGCCCGGAUUAAAUGGAGAUUACAGGGCAACAGAAGUUCAAAAUUUUUCCAUGUGGCUGUGAAGGUCAGAAGACUGAAAAAUACUAUAAGGAGCUUGAAAGCUGGAGACCGGCUGCUCAUUACUGAGAAGGUGCAACUGGAGGAGUUCGUGAAGAUUUAUUAUCAGAAUUUUCUCAAGAGAUCCCCUACUGUUGAGAACAUGGAUAUGUUGGAUUGUAUCCCUUCUGUGUUAGUAGACAUAGAUAGAUGGAGAAUGGACUCGUUGCCAUCCAAUGAGGAGAUCAAAAGGGCGAUUUGGGAUCUUGAUCCUGAGAGCUCGCCGAGCCCGGACAGAUUUCCAGCCAUAAGACUGUCAGUUGUGAUGCCUAGACUAAUUUCGGAGGAACAGGGGGCGUUCCAGAAGGGCAAAAUAAUUCACUCCAAUAUAACUUUGGCUUCAGAGUUAGCUGAUAUGAUGUUCUCAGCGACCAGAGGGGGUUCCAUGGGGGUGAAGAUCGACAUUCAGAAGGCCUAUGAUACUGUUGCAUUGGACUUCAUCUUCCAGGUGUUGAGAAAGUUUGGGUUCUCAGAGAAUUGGAUUUCUCAAGUGUUCCAGUUGCUGGUCUCUGCGAAGAUUUCCAUUCUUCUUAAUGGGGGCCCAAUAGAGUACUUCAACGUGGAGAGGGGUCUGAGACAAGGGGACCCUAUCUCCCCUAUGCUAUUUAUAUUGGAUGAAGAGGUCCUAUGUAGGGGUUUAAACAAGUUGGUGGAAGAGAAGAAAUUAAAGCCAAUCCAGGGUCCUCGAGGAGUGAUCACUCCAGCUCAUAGCAUUUUUGCUGACGACAUCUUCAUUUUUUCCAAUGCGUCAAUCAGAUUAAAAUCUCAACUUAUAUCUGCGAGGAUCGGGAAAUAUGGUGUUCUUUAUGUGCUUGCUUUAACGUCACUUGGUGACCUCAAGGCUCUUUGUUGGAGCUCGCUCAGUGGUGGAAAAGAAAGACCAAAACUGCAAGCUGUAAGGAGGCUUGGUGCAUGA